GAGGUGUGAUUGAGCCAGGCGCUGCCGGUAACUUUCCUUCUCUGUGAAUGGAGCAACCAAAACGACAUCUCGCAGAGUUGCAUAAGGUUCAAAUGCGCCAUUAACUAAUUCUGCAUAAAGUUCCAGUCACCGCGCAAGAGAUGUUCCGUCCACCCACUCCUUAGGAGCUGCCCACUCCUAAGGGGAAGAAAGCAACUAAGAGGAAUUUCCUAAGAGGAAGUUCGAGGAUGCAGGUUCCGGGAGGCUGUGGCCGUGGCGCAGAGGGCGGGCGGCCGCACGUGGUGGGGCUCCGUGCUGUGCUCCCGGUUCUGGUGCUGGUCCUGGGGCGCACGCUGCUCACCGCAGGUUUUCUGGAAGUGGAGAUGGCAGGGAGGACUCAGAUGGUUUUCCUGAAUGAAAAUGCGACUAUCUUUUGCAAGAUCCCUGGUUCCCCACACCUGGACAUCAACAGUAUGGGUAUCACCUGGUUUCGGAAGGCCCAGGUGUCUGAAACAGAGAUCAAACUGUUUGAAUUUUUUGGAGACCACAAAGUGGCAUUCCGACCUGGAGCCAGCGUGUCUCCAUGGAGGCUGAAGAGGGGGGAUGCCUCACUGCAGCUGCCUGGGGUACAACUGUGGGAAGCAGGAGAGUACCGAUGUGAGUUGGUGGUCACUCCUCAGAAGGCACAGGGGAGAGUCUGGCUGGAGGUUGUAGCUCACCCUGUCAGUAGCUUGUUUCUGGAGCAAGCCAUGGUGAAAGAUAAUGAAGACAAACGUAUUUUGUGUAAGUCAAGUGGAUUCUACCCAGAGGAUAUUAACAUAACGUGGAAAAGGUGGACCCAGAAGGAUCCCCAGUUCCAGGAGAUUUCUGAGGACAUCAUCACUGGCCCCACCAUCAAGAAUGAGGAUGGUACAUUUAAUAUCACUAGCUACUUGAGGCUGAAGCCCUCUCUGGAAGACAAUGUGACCAUCUACCAGUGUGUGGUAUGGCAUGUAUCCUCACUCAUGUGCCAGAGUUUCAACUUCACCCACAUUCUGAUAGAAUCUGAGAAGAAAACUGACUCGUGGAUUGUUUGGUUGUAUAUUGGAGUGAUCUUUACUGGACUGAUCAUAUUAAUUUUAUUAUUAUAUUUUUUUCCUUGGAGAAGAGCCUGCUGGAGGGUGAGAGACACUGGAAUCAGAGCCUGCUAGAGGAGGAGAGACCCUGGAAGCUGGAGCUAGUUGCUCUAGUGGAGGCCAGUCUAUAUCAGAUGACAGCCACCAGACAUCUCAAAGGAAACAUCCUGACCAGGCCCACCUGUGAAUGACUGAAGGAAGGAAGAAAUUAACACAUCCCCUCUGGAGGCUGACAGGAACCAGGACAUGUUUGACUUUACUCCCUCCCCUUUUAGUAUAAAAGAAGCCUGAAUUCUAACUCAUGCAAGAUGGUUUUUAGGGGCAUGAGCCCACCACCUUCUCCGUCUGCUGGCUUUAUGAAUAAAGUCGCUGUUCUUUGCCCCAACAACUAGUCUCUUGAUUUAUUG